AUGCCCAGCCUGGCCAAUCGAAUCAGACCUCAUAAGCCAGUCAUAUCCAACCUUGAUGUGAGAGAAGCUCUUCCAAGUGUUACAGCUCUUCUCUUCAACUAUGGCGAAACAGGGUUGCCAUCUCCCCCAUGGACUAAAGUGAGCAGCAUUGCCCCUUACAGUCCAUCUCCCCCAUGGACUAAAGUGAGCAGCAUCGCCCCUUACAGUCCAUCUCCCCCAUGGACUAAAGUGAGCAGCAUCGCCCCUUACAGUCCAUCUCCCCCAUGGACUAAAGUGAGCAGCGUCACCCCUUACAGUCCAUCUCCCCCAUGGACUAAAGUGAGCAGCAUCGCCCCUUACAGUCCAUCUCCCCCAUGGACUAAAGUGAGCAGCAUUGCCCCUUACAGUCCAUCUCCCCCAUGGACUAAAGUGAGCAGCAUCGCCCCUUACAGUCCAUCUCCCCCAUGGACUAAAGUGAGCAGCAUCGCCCCUUACAGUCCAUCUCCCCCAUGGACUAAAGUGAGCAGCAUCGCCCCUUACAGUCCAUCUCCCCCAUGGACUAAAGUGAGCAGCGUCGCCCCUUACAGUCCAUCUCCCCCAUGGACUAAAGUGAGCAGCAUCGCCCCUUACAGUCCAUCUCCCCCAUGGACUAAAGUGAGCAGCAUCGCCCCUUACAGUCCAUCUCCCCCAUGGACUAAAGUGAGCAGCAUCGCCCCUUACAGUCCAUCUCCCCCAUGGACUAAAGUGAGCAGCACUGCCCCUUACAGUCCAUCUCCCCCAUGGACUAAAGUGAGCAGCAUCGCCCCUUACAGUCCAUCUCCCCCAUGGACUAAAGUGAGCAGCAUCGCCCCUUACAGUCCAUCUCCCCCAUGGACUAAAGUGAGCAGCACUGCCCCUUACAGUCCAUCUCCCCCAUGGACUAAAGUGAGCAGCAUCGCCCCUUACAGUCCAUCUCCCCCAUGGACUAAAGUGAGCAGCAUCGCCCCUUACAGUCCAUCUCCCCCAUGGACUAAAGUGAGCAGCAUCGCCCCUUACAGUCCAUCUCCCCCAUGGACUAAAGUGAGCAGCAUCGCCCCUUACAGUCCAUCUCCCCCAUGGACUAAAGUGAGCAGCACUGCCCCUUACAGUCCAUCUCCCCCAUGGACUAAAGUGAGCAGCAUCGCCCCUUACAGUCCAUCUCCCCCAUGGACUAAAGUGAGCAGCACUGCCCCUUACAGUCCAUCUCCCCCAUGGACUAAAGUGAGCAGCGUCGCCCCUUACAGUCCAUCUCCCCCAUGGACUAAAGUGAGCAGCGUCGCCCCUUACAGUCCAUCUCCCCCAUGGACUAAAGUGAGCAGCAUCGCCCCUUACAGUCCAUCUCCCCCAUGGACUAAAGUGAGCAGCAUUGCCCCUUACAGUCCAUCUCCCCCAUGGACUAAAGUGAGUAGCAUCGCCCCUUACAGUCCAUCUCCCCCAUGGACUAAAGUGAGCAGCAUCGCCCCUUACAGUCCAUCUCCCCCAUGGACUAAAGUGAGCAGCAUCGCCCCUUACAGUCCAUCUCCCCCAUGGACUAAAGUGAGCAGCAUCGCCCCUUACAGUCCAUCUCCCCCAUGGACUAAAGUGAGCAGCGUCGCCCCUUACAGUCCAUCUCCCCCAUGGACUAAAGUGAGCAGCAUCGCCCCUUACAGGAGAAAAUUCAGACUGCAACACAUGCUGUUGUAA